CUGCCUCCCGCUGGCGUCUGGACAGGACUCCGGUGCAGUGCUCCAGGAGACCAGACUACUAAAUUCGCCUGUUCUUCCUUCCAGCAAAUUCCUUGCUGCCCACCCCUCAUCGGAAUAUCGAGGAAAUACGAACUCCGAGGACUGGGGCUUUUCUGAAGGGAUGGCUUCCUCCGCUCCCUCGUCCUCCAACGAUGCUCCGGACCCCACCCCACCUUUGCGACCCACAACUUACGACUCGUGGUGCGGCGUAGCUCACGGGUGCACCAGGAAGAUUGGGCUGAAGAUAUGCGGGUUCCUGCAGAGGACCAACAGCCUGGAAGACAAGAGCCGGAUCGUCAGCUCUCUGAAGGAAAGGCAGUCCUCCAAGAGCCUGCUGGCAUGCGAGAACAGUGAGAAGGAAUCCCGGUUCCGGCGCACCGAGACAGACUUUUCCAAUUUAUAUGCCAGAGAUUUGUUGCCCUCCAAGAAUGGCGAGGAGCAGACCACGCAGUUCCUGCUGGAGGUUGUGGACAUCCUCCUCAACUACGUGAGGAAGACUUUUGACAGAUCUACCAAAGUGCUGGACUUCCACCACCCGCACCAGCUCCUGGAAGGCAUGGAGGGCUUCAACCUGGAGCUUUCGGACAACCCAGAGUCCCUGGAGCAGAUCCUGGUGGAUUGUCGGGACACACUGAAAUACGGAGUGAGGACAGGUCACCCUCGCUUUUUCAAUCAGUUGUCCACAGGACUGGACAUUAUUGGCUUGGCUGGGGAGUGGCUGACGUCGACUGCUAAUACAAACAUGUUUACCUAUGAAAUUGCCCCUGUUUUUGUCCUCAUGGAACAAAUAACACUUCGAAAGAUGAGGGAGAUUAUUGGAUGGUCAAGUAAAGAUGGUGAUGGAAUAUUCUCACCUGGAGGAGCGAUCUCCAACAUGUACAGCAUAAUGGCUGCACGCUACAAGUAUUUCCCUGAAGUCAAAACCAAAGGCAUGGCUGCAGUCCCUAAACUGGUUCUCUUUACCUCAGAGCAUAGUCACUACUCAAUAAAGAAAGCUGGAGCUGCACUUGGAUUUGGAACAGAYAAUGUUAUUUUGAUAAAAUGCAAUGAAAGAGGCAAAAUAAUACCAGCUGAUUUGGAGGCAAAAAUUCUGGAAGCAAAAGAAAAGGGAUAUGUUCCUCUUUUUGUAAAUGCAACUGCAGGCACAACAGUAUAUGGAGCCUUUGAUCCAAUACAGGAGAUUGCAGAUAUAUGUGAAAAAUACAACCUCUGGCUCCAUGUAGAUGCUGCCUGGGGAGGUGGACUCUUAAUGUCCCGAAAGCACCGUCAUAAAUUGAAUGGAAUAGAAAGAGCCAACUCAGUCACUUGGAAUCCACACAAGAUGAUGGGAGUGUUGUUACAAUGUUCUGCCAUUCUUGUCCGGGAGAAGGGAAUCCUUCAAGGCUGCAAUCAAAUGUGUGCAGGCUACCUCUUCCAGCCAGACAAACAGUAUGAUGUCUCCUAUGACACUGGAGACAAGGCAAUACAGUGUGGUCGACAUGURGACAUUUUCAAAUUCUGGUUGAUGUGGAAAGCAAAGGGUACAGUAGGAUUUGAAAAUCAGAUAAAUAAAUGCCUGGAGCUGGCAGAAUAUCUCUACACUAAAAUCAAAAACAGAGAAGAAUUUGAGAUGGUUUUUGAAGGGGAGCCUGAGCAUACAAAUGUGUGUUUUUGGUAUAUUCCUCCAAGUCUCAGGGGCAUGCCAGACUCUGAUGAGAGGAGAGAAAAGUUACACAGGGUGGCACCAAAAAUCAAGGCAUUGAUGAUGGAGUCAGGUACCACCAUGGUUGGAUAUCAGCCUCAGGGCGACAAAGUCAACUUCUUCCGAAUGGUCAUCUCAAACCCAGCAGCAACCAAGUCUGACAUUGACUUCCUCAUUGAGGAAAUAGAGAGAUUGGGGCAGGAGCUGUAGUGGUUGAAUUAUUUAUUUCUGUGAUUCACUGUUUUCCAGCACUGGCGAUACUUUAACCCAGUUCUGCAGAACAAGUUUUAAGGAAAUUCUCUUUCUGUAAGUUCCAAUCUCCUAAGACAUCCUUAAACAAAACAAUUAUAGGCUACUGAAAUAUAUAUGUAUUGGUAGAUCAUAUUAUUGAGGGAAAACGUAUUAUCUUGAAGUUGAAGUACUAUUGACUCUUACAUUGGUCUUGUUUAUUGUAGUCAGCAGGAAAUUAAUAAGUAUUAAAAUAGCAAAUUAAGAACUCUGCACAGUAUAUAUGUACAGUAUAAAUAAAUAUACAUAAUUCUAUAUACAUACAUAUAUAUAUAUAUCUAUAUAUAUAUAUAUAUAUAUAAAGUGGUUAUAAACUUAGAUCUAAGCCACAGCAUGUUUUCCACUUUAAGAAAAUUAACUUUUCCUUCAACAACUUUGAUGUGGAUAAUGUGCUGCAAGUUUUUCUGCCAGACAGAAAUAGACAUAUAGAAACAUUUCUAAAAUGUAGAUUCUUAGGAGCUAAAGCAAAUGUAUAACGGUAUUAGAUCUUACUGUUGGUGCUUUUCUCACAUACAAAACAGCAAUCUCUAAGAGCACCUUUGAGCAAAAUAGUUGUACUUGCCCUUUAGUGUCAAAUCAGGGCAUAACAGUAGCAGAGUCAUUGUAACAGGUAUAUUAUUGCUGUAUUUUUAGAGGUUAAUUUGUGUAGAUUGUGUAUACUAUUGUUAAAUUACUUUGUGUAAAAGGAUUUAAAUGUAAUAGUUUUACAGCAAGAUAACYGUUGAAUUGUAGGUAUCUGAAAUAUUUGCUUAUUUAUAUGCAGAGAUUUACCAUGCUGAAGAGUUGUCUUGUAUUUUCUUCCAUUUGUAAUGUAACYUAUUUAUAUAUUAUUGAAGUUCUAAAUAAUGUUUAUGGUAUUUUAGUGUCUUUGUGAGCCAAAGAAAAAAUAUGAAAAUAUUAGUUGACACUUUCRUUUAAAUCCUAGUGCCCUUAAAGUAUAACUUACAGAUAAUUUUACUGAAGAUAAGGAAUUCUAACAUUGUGUGUAUACUGUCAAAUUAUGAGAUCCCUUUAAUCUAUUAGAAUUACGAGAAAUUUCAGUUUUAUUUAUUGUAAUGUCAGACUGUCUGUUCAGUGCUCUGAAUGCUUUUUUACUGAAUAUUGACUGCUAACCAAGGCCCCUGGUUUUGAGUUUUAUUUCAGGACUGACCUCUGUGACCAUUUUAACUAAAUUCUGUGGGAAUUUUAAUGAGCAUCAUUCUUCUAGUGAAAUGGAGUUCACUCUGUUUGGAGCUUAUAAAAUAAAUAAAACCAAAAGUAAUCUCAGUAUCUUUUAAUACAGCUGGCUUUUCCCAAUAAUUUUAGCUGGUUAGGCUUUUCAAAGUAUAGACACUGGAUUCAUCUUCAGCUUGAUCAAUUUUAAUCAUUAGAUAAUCGAUAAUUCUGAGUGGAAAAGUCCAUACUGGAAACAGAGUAGUGGAACAAAAUGGAGRUUCAAUAAUCCUCUGCUCACUGAGUUAGUGUCAUGAUGAUAAAUGGAAUAUGCUGAUUUCAAGUGUUUUCAUACAUGAUUCUAUGCAAGUCAGUAAUCAAUCUCUUUUUCUCCUUCCCCUCCAUCUCAGUAAUAAAAUUGAAUUAUUUUAGAAACUUUCAGUUUAAUAGAGUCAUGCUGUGCCCAUGGAAAGACACCUACAAGUAGGAGUGAUUUCCAUCCUGCAGGUCCCACUGGCUGUCUAUUGAGGAAGGUGUUUCACAUUUUUGGCUGUGUUAGCACAGGGAGAAGAAAAACUGUUAUGRUAAAUGCUGUAUUGUAUAGCAUAGCCCUUCCAGCUUUUCAUAGGACUCUUGCUUAUUCCUCUGUCAUAGCCUUCUGUAAAAUAUUUUCUUCAAAUUGWGUUGGAUCUAAAAAUUAUUGUAGGUUUGUCACCGAUCUUUAGAUUUAUGAGCAUUAUUUUCAAAAUAGUAUCUAUAUUGUUACUUUUAUAACAUUAAACCCCCUGGUCAUCUUACCAAUGCAAUAUUCCUUUCUUCAGGUUUUUUCCUCAAGACAGUGUAGUUGGUUUCUUGCCUUUUUGCCCUUCAGCCUCAAUCUCCCUGAACUAUAACCCUAUAGUAUUAAUGUGGAUUCAACCCUUGACAUUUCCUGAUGUAAACAUCYAUGCUCUGUGACCUGAGGCCUGCAGCACAGCAGUCAGCAUGAACAUUGACUUGAGCAUUAACUUGCRUAAUAUUAAGUGCCAUUCUUUAUAAAUACCUUCUAUUCAUCAAAACUAGAGGGUCUCUYAUUGACAGCUGUUCUUAGAGCACAGAAAGAAGUUUGUUUUGAAGGAAUACAUGCCACAUUUUUAUUAAAAACUUCUGUCUGAAUUCUGGUCUCAGUCAAAUUUACUUUUUUCAGAGGGCAGCUACAGAAGAUUGAAAAAAUUGUCAAUCCUUCUUGUUAAUGGGAAACAAUAUGAAUUAAUAYGAUCAAUCCAAAGAUGUACAACUGGUGACUUAGCUUCAUUAGAGGAUUUUAUGUCUACCACAGAAGCACCAUGGUUCCUACGAUUUCCACCAGUUCUUAGGUGGGAAUUUYGAUUUCCUCCAACUCCUUGUCAAGUAUUUUAAUAACAGUGUAACUAAAGCUCUAACUUACCCUCAAUCCUCUAAACUUGAUAUUUGACCCUCACAAACCUCAUAUCCAGAUCAACAUCUCAGUAUUCUAAUAACAGUUUAAUGUAUUUGAAAUGUUAAAUCUCCUUGAAGCAUAUAAACWAGGUGAAGAGAAUCCUCCUCAUCCUGACCACAAAGCUACAGUGAAGACCUCAAUACAGCAUCCUGGCAUUCAUACAGCAAGCUCCUGACAGUUCUGUGGUGUAGUCAGAAACACAUCUAGAGYUCUGCAGUACUUUUAUAAUGUUUUGCUCAUUAAAAUUUCUGCUUCUUCAUUUAGUGGAGUAUCUCGUGUUUUGAAGGUCAAAAGCGUCAGAGGUUCUUCCUAUUGCCRGUGAUGGUUUGCAGCCAGGUGGGAAUAAUGGUGCUCCUCCUGCCAUUUUGGAAGCGAGACAGUAAUGCAUAGAUGUUUUCUCUAAAGGCAGAGGGCAUAAAUUUAUCUUCCUCCCCUCUGCAUUUAUCUUUCUUUCCUGCAGUGCUGUGUCUUGACACAGAGAAGCACAAUUAGAUUUUUGCAAAGCAUUUAGUUAUUUAGUUCUAAUAUCAGAUUCUGGGGUGUUUUCCUGUUACAUCUACCAUGCUCAACAGACGCUGUUCUCAUAUUAAUUUCUGAUUUGGUAAGCUUAUUUUAACAGAGCAGCUAUAGUCAUUAGUGAGAAAACUCAUCUKUUUUCUUAUUAGGUCAUUUCCAUCUGAGUAAUAUGCCACAGCUUCUCAGACUAAUGCUUACCUAGAAUUUUCCUGCUUUUUAAUCUAUAUACUAUUGACUGGGAGAGAUUAGGAUGUAUGGAUAUACAGAAKUAUUGACUAACUCAAAGCAUUUUAAUUCCAGGUGAGCAACUUUGUUUUUCUGAGGGUUAAAAUAUACUCUAGGGUAGCAAUUUUGCCUUUAAAAUCACAUGGACAACCACUGUAACUUUGCAUGCRUGAAUUCAGAUCAAUUAGAUCUGAUCUGAACAGGUAAAGAUCUUAGCUGAACAGGUAGCUGCAGUGCUUAUUAACUGAUACAAUUUAUUUGGAACUGUCUGACCAUUGGAUAAAAAUCAGGAGCAGCUGUUGAUUUUGAAUGAGAAAAUUUCUGAUUGUGUUAUUAAAGGUAAUUUUUAGAGAAGAUAGAUUGGAUGAUUCACAGCAGACAGAUGAAACCAGGGGCCUUGGGAAUAACUCAGAAUUUUAAAAUCAUCAUGGACUUUGCUCAUAAUCUGUUUUUUGAAUGGUGACAAAUAUGAAGAGAUUUUUUAAACAGAAUCUCUGUUUUGUGGUUUAAGAAAUGUUGAAGUUAUAAAGAAGUUAUGCAAUGCAGUUUUAAUUUUUCAAUAAAAGUUUAUCUUAAAAGUUACUCAUUUGUCUCAUAUAAUUUUUGUGAGAUCUUUURUUUCCUUAAGAAUAUGAGACAAAAGCCAGGCAAAAUUAUCCUUCACCUUAAAAAUAGUAAGGGAAAUGCUAAGACAACUAUUUCAUUUUAAUUGUGGAUUGAAUGUGAUCUUGUAAC